GCGCCAGCAGCCUCACCCAAGACGGUAAGCCCCCAAACCACCAAAGACAGCAUUGAAACGCUGCUCCAGAAGCUGGCGGCUUCACCUUUGGGCCUUGACAUGGAGGUCUUGGAGAAGACGUUCGGCAGCGAUGUAAGAGCUUCGCCGAGGCUCCUCAGCGACAUCCUGAAAAUGGCCGAGAAUGGAACGCUGGUCACGUCAAAGGUGCUAAGCCAGAGCCAGGGUGAGCGCACAUUGAGAUCGGCAUCUGCUGCGCAGUCUCGCGACAGCAGCCCUAGGAAGCGGGAAGCAGAGAGGUCCACCAGAGAAAGCUCGGCCAAGGUACGUUGCUCCCCGCAGUUCGAGGUGAAGACAAUGCCAGAAACUGAUGAUGGGAUAGAGAAGGAAGAUGGCUGCUGAGACGGCAGCGUCCGCUUCGGACUCUCCAGGUGACCCGGAAGCCGUCGAAGCGCAGUCAAAAAUGGAAGACGAUUCAAAUGUACCGGACGCCGUUGAGAAUGUUCACAAGAUUCCCACAACUGAGCCCGUUGACAAGAACAUCGACGACAGGCAGAUAGCUGCUCCUCCAGUCUUGCCUGCGCCGAUCGGACAAUCCGGUGGAAAACAGCCUUCAAACUCCGGGCAAGCAUCGCCCAUGGCGGAACAAACACCAACCAAGAACGGCUCAGCUCUUGAUGUUUCACCUAGGAUCAAAGCCCGCAGCCCCCCUUCGCGGACAUCCACACCAGAGUCUUCUCAGAGUGAAGGACUCGAGCAGGAGCAGAUGUCUGCCCGGGAAAAGGCGAUUCGCGCGCUAUCUGAGAACCGCAGGAUAUCCCGUUCUGCGAUGUGCCUUAUUCUGGACGCGUUCUGCAGACGCGACUUCCAAGUCGCUGACGGACCAUACUUCACCGCCACUAAGCCCGCUACCCUCACCAACGGCAACGGACAACAGUCGGAAGUGAGGUCUAUCGUCGUACUCCCGCUUAAGCUCAAGAGCGAUGGCCACUGGAGUGUGUUCUUCCUCAAUACCGACCGUAGGGAGAUAAAGUGGGUGGGACGCAAGGCAGGUAACAAAGUCUCCAUCAGCAGCGUUUCUCACAAUCUGGACAAAUUUGCAACCAACCUGUCGGACAAGGGGCCAUGGAAGUUCUCAGAGACUUACUGCGUCGACGACUCAAGCGAAGAAGAUCCAAGAGUUUCCCUCCUUUACUCCGCCAUCUGCUGUAUGCACGACGCGCAGCCCAUCGAAAAGACGCUCUUCUUAUGGCGCCGCAUCUUCCUCGCGACGCUCAAACAAGCCGCCGAUCUCGAAGAAGCCUACCGCGUUCUCGACUGUAAAAUCACCGAACCGCAGGAGACAGCGUCGAAGAAGCAAGCCGUCACCGCCUUCCACGACUGGCAAAGCCGGAAGCUCGAGUUUCUCAAGGCUCUCCGAGCGAAGCUAGACGAAGCUUCAGAUCUCGAAGGCGCAGUCUGCGAGGCCUUUACCCUUCUCGAAAACAUCAGCGCCUCGGCGAGAGAGGCCUACUCUGACCUCAAAAAGCAGCGUGAGCAAACCAGCAAUGUCGUUCGCGCCUUGGCAGCGGCGGAUGCGGCACUCAACCCUGCUAAGGAAACAUCGAUGGCUUGUCCACGGCUUCGUGAGCAGUUUAUGAAGCUGCUGGAGGAGAGUCAGAAGGAGGAAAUGAGAUUGAAUGAGGAUUUCCAGGCUUGGGAGGCACGGUUGAAGGGGAUUCAGGUCGCAUGUGGGUUGGUAAACGCAUGGAGUGUAAGAGAGAAAAAGGUCGAGCGAAAGUUAAAGGAAAGACUUAGGGUAGAAAAGGAGAGGAUCAAGGAGAUAGAGAAUGACGCGAAGGAAUGGUGGAAGAAGAUAAAUCAUGAAACGGAGGGGCUGUAGGCGUGGAGACUAGGAGUAGCAUGGAGGUAAGAGAGAACCUACACGUAUAGCGGGUAGGUAGUUGAUACCCCGUGGGAAGAGAGCCCUAGGUACCGUUGCGAGAACAGGCUACGUAAAUAUGCGGUACCACCGCCGAAUCCACCUAUGACGGUAAGCAUGCA